AUGACAGAGACAUCGCGCAUCUUAAACUGCAGUACUCACUAUGGUGUGCUCAAGCUGGUCCAACGUGACCAUACGCCAACGUUCGUUGAUAUUCAGCAAGUACGUAGACGCUACAAGGAGCUGGCAAUUCUCGUGCAUCCAGACAAGAACCGUGCUAUUGAUGCAGAGGCCGCAUUCAAGCGACUAAGCGAAGCUUACGAGUGUCUAGUGGACAAAGUAUCACAAUGCAAUUAUUUGCAACAGUUGCAGGUAAUUAAACGGAAAACUGGAGCAAAGACAACGAAACAAAAGUUCAAAUAUCGUCGGAAGACAAAGUCAGAAGUAAAAAGUGGAGAACACGACGUACCGUCUACUCGAAGAAGGACACCUGAAGAGAUCUGGCAGAUGUUUCAGCGUGAAGAGGAAGUGCUGGCACGACAACAGUUCCAGGCUAAAGGCUUUGACAGGAGUUACUCGAAGCGGAAUACCGACGAGGUCAUCACCUCAACGAUUCCACCCGAGGUACAGCAGGAUAUUUUGAACUCAAAAUUGGAUGUGAAAGCGACUAAAUGGGCGACAUGGAGUAAACCAGCUUCAAAACGAAUGAAGAUGACGACGGUAUCAGAACCGGAACAUAAGAUUGGUGUAGUUUCUACGGCUGCUGACGCGAGUGACAUCUCGGCAACUGUAUUGUGUUUUUGUAUGCUGUGUCGGCGACAAUUUCGGACAGUUGAGGCACUACAACGGCAUGAAACUUUUUCGAAACUCCACUUAGCAAACGUGCAAGCUGAAGAGUGUAAUUCAAACGAUCAUCCAUAG